CAUCUCUGAGUUUAGACCUCCAACCUCAGCAUUCUGACCUGGUGCCACCUUUGGGAGGAUGGAUCAGGACAGUUACUCAAGUGAUCAGCCCACGGGCCAGGACCCACUCCUACUGCUGAAAACCCUUCAGCUUCUCUGGACAAAGCAGGAACUGGGGAAGCUCAAGGAAGAAAUCAGGCGGGGCUUUGCCAGACUGGAGGACCCUUUGGCAGGAUUCCUGGCCAUGCUGGAGAGCAGCAGUGAUUGGAAGGGGAAAGGGCAUUCCCUGGGGUAUUGCAUCACCACGGAGCUGCAGCUUUGGAUAAAAACGCAUCCUGCUGUCCCACAGUCUGGCACCAAGCUGAAGAAGCUGCAGGCCCGUGUGCUCGGAAUGCUCUCCCAGUGCCCAACUAAUCUGCUUGACCCCCUGAUUAGCAUUUACCAGCUCCACACAGCGGACCGGAACUGUUUGCUUGAACAUGUCAGUCAUCUUUAUCUCCAGGGCAAUUACAAAGAGGCAGCCAUACUGAGUAUUAAGCUGAAAUUACAGCCAGAUCAAGAUGUAGAGAAGAUGUGUACCCCACUACUGCUCCAGGAUAAAGCUAACUUGGUGGAAGAAUAUGUGGCAGAAUACCCCGAGCUCCAGAGGAAACUCUUGCAGACCCUGGACAAGUGGUGUGACCCCAGCUUCAAUAUCAGGGACAUCACAAGACCAUAUCAAGGCCUGUCCAGGUACAAACCCGAAAAAUUUAACCGCAGAGUGCUCAGCAAGCUGGUCUUCAGGCUCCUGGAGAGAUUCAGUGUUGACCCAGCUCUCUGCCCCAAUGUUAUAAAUCAACGGCACUUGAGAACGCUGAAUUACCUCUUUUAUAAGAGAUUUGUUGAGAAAACCAUGACUGAGGAGAAUUGGGCAGACCACAUUCAGAGCACGGUUGGGGAGAACCGCUGGCUGCAGGGGCAGCUGGCGCAGGCGCUGCUGCGGCACUGCGACGCGCGCGGCGCGGCGCGCUGGGCACGGCGCUGCCACCUGCCCCCCGAGCUGCUGCCCCGCGCCCUGGCUGAGGAGCUGCAGAAGCUGCACAUCCAGGACAGGGUAGAAGAGGUCACAAAAGCAGACAAUUACGAGGCCAGUAGGAGGAAGGACUAUUACCAGAUUCCUAUUUCACGGGAAAAGAUUCACUUUCUGCAGACAUGGGAGGAGACUCUGCAGUGCUGGGAGAAGGUGCUGCAGCCUGGGCAGGUCGUUGGUGUGGACAUGGAGUGGAAGCCUACCUUUGGCAUGGUGGGGAAGCCCCGUGUCGCCCUCCUGCAGCUUGCACUGAAGGAUGAGGUGUUCCUGUUGGACCUGCCACAGCUCCUCGAGCAAGCUGAGGCUGAGGGAGAGAAGGAGAAGCUUCCCCAUUUCAUCCAGAUGCUCUAUUCAGACACAGCCAUCACUAAACUAGGUUAUGGGAUGUCUGGAGACCUCAGCAGCCUUGCAGCCACAUGUUCUCCCCUGAAAGACAUGGAGAAGCAAAUGCAAGGUGUGGUGGAUCUUCUUGCACUGGACAAACAACUGCAGUGGGGGAAGGACGGCCGGAAGGGCGAUGGACUGUCCCCGGAGCACAGCCACGAGGAGAGAGGGGUCAGGCAGCCCGAGAAGGGACUCAGCCUCCUGGUGCAGCACGUGCUGGGGAAGCCUCUGGAUAAAACAGAGCAGCUGUCAAACUGGGAGAAGCGGCCCCUCCGGGAGGAGCAGAUCCUCUAUGCAGCCUCAGAUGCCUACUGCUUGCUGGAGAUCUACGAGAGGCUCUGUAAGGACCCCGAGAGCUUCGGUCUGGGUUCCAACCUGAUAGACAGUCUGAUGGGAAAACAGAGCAAAAAACCCAGGGCAAAGAAGCAGCUGAAUAAACAAGAAGCACCAUCACCUUCUGGACAGGCUUGCCAAGGGCCCAGAACAGAGCCCUCGGAACCCCCUGCCCCCAUCUCCCCCCGGGAGUUCAGCGUGGUCUGUGACAACAUGCUGCAGGGCCUGGGGCGCUACCUGCGCUGCCUGGGCGUGGAUGUCCGGCUGCUGGACAAUCAGGAUGACCACAGGAAAGCUGCUGAGAUUGCCCGACAGGAAGGAAGAGUCAUUUUGACCUCUGGACUCCCAUAUCAGACUCUGCGCUCCCAGGUGGGAGAAGGAAGGUGUUUCUCUGUCAACUGCUCCGAGAAGGCGAAGGAACAGGCGCUGCAGGUGCUGAAGCACUUCAACGUGCAGGUGUCCCCGAGUGACAUCUUCAGCCGCUGCCAGGUGUGCAAUUGCAACAAGUACCUGAAGGUCUCACGGGAGAGGAUGAAGCAGCUGGUGGAGAGCAGCAGACAAGCAUCAGGGGAGCACAGUGCAGGCUGCCCGGGGAGCCAGAGCUGCGAUGUCGCCGUGCCAGUCUGUGACACGGCCCAGCCUGGCUGUGCCCCACGUGGCGAGGAGGCAGAGGGGAUGGAGCGGUGCAGGGCAGGCACGGUGCUGGCAGGGGACACGGUCCUGCAGGUGGCUGCCAUCCCCCCCAGGGUGCUGGACAGAGCCGAGCUCACUCACUUCUACUGCUGCACCCGCUGUGGGAAAGUGUUUUGGGACGGGUCCCAUUUUGGACGCGUUGUCUCCCAGUUUCAGGAUGUGCUUGUGGCCUCUGGGGACACACAGAGUGUCUAUGAGCUGAGCUGAGCUGAGCUGAGGGGAAGCACAGGGGCUCCACAGGGGAAUGGGGACUGCCUGGGGAACCUCAGCAGAUUUUGGGCCUUGAGUUUCCAGAGAGAGGCUGGAAGUGGGGACAGAGGAGCUCUCAUUUUGGGAUCCACCACAGAGAGCACUGUCACAGAUGCACCAGUGGUUUGCAGCAGCCCAAAAGUACAUGGCCUCCCUGAGAUCAUUAAAACAGAGGUGGCUGAAGAAUGGACCCUUUGUUUUAUUUCUGCCCCUCUCCAACCUACUCACGGCGAGAUGCUGGCAGAGCUCUGCUGACCAAAACCCCACCCCAUCAGUGCUGACCCCAGCACACCCACUCACCCCAGUGCCCACUCACUCACGGGGGAGCAGGAGCUGCAUCCCCAACAGCAGCACAGGGCAGAGACAUCCUGAGCACUCCCAGUCUGUGGCACAUGUGCCACGCCUCAGCCCAUCCCCAGCAUCCUCUUCACCCUCACCCUGCGCUCCCAGCACUCCUUGGAGGCAGCUGGUGGCUGCAGACGUGGAGGUCUGGGGAGGCUGAGCAUUGCUGGGCUCAUGGAAAUCUCUGGGUGCACCACAGUGCCCACUGGCACCUGCAUCCCCUGUACUAGGGCCUGAGAUGCCCGGGCAGGGCCUGGCUGGUCCUGGGGAGCUCCCACUGGUGCCAAAGCUGCCAGCCUCCUCCUCCCCUGGGGAGGUGCCUCAGGACAGCCCCGUGCCCAGGCGCUGUGCAGGGUGCACAGGAGAAGCAGUGACAUGUGUGGGCCCACCAGUUCCAGGAACUGGCAUCACUGGUGGGACUGCCCAGCACCUAGAGGAGACUGCAUGUGCCUUGGAGAUCCUAGGCCAGGUCCUGCAGCUCCAGGGGGCUGCUGUCCAGUGCCUUCUGAUUCAUGGCCAGGCUCACACCAUUCCAUCCUGAACAGAAAGGAGCAUCUUCAAAAUUCCUCCUCUAGUCUGGUGUAGCUGCCAGGCCCUGCUGUUAUUGUUGAGAGGGCCUGAGGAGCUCUUGGCUGAGGUGUGACAUUUAUGGGCCAGCAAUGCACCUGCUCGGGCAGCUCAUGCUAUAGACUCAUUUUCCCUCUUCCAAAGCUC